ACGUGGGGUGAUGACAUCAUCGUUUCAGAAAAUAUACGGAUUGCCCCGUCCACAUGACAACGCCAAGCCGGCGUUUUCAAAUUUUUCCACUCUGGGACCCGGUUUCAAAAAAUACCGGUUUCACCUUUCGAAAACGCCGGAUCCGUGUGGACGAAACGCCUAUCCGAUAAAAAAUUUGUGCGGUUUCAGUGAAACGCGUCUCCGUGUGGACGGGGCCUAAGCCAGGAUUAGGCCUUAGUUCAAUUAGGACAUUUAAAAGUAGCUUUUAUAAAUGUGCCUUAGCAAAAAACAUUACUGGUGUGCAUCUUGAGACAAAACAAUGGCACUGACAUAUUUUAAGAUGUGUCAGUGCAAGUUUCUUUCAGUUAAAACAGCUCAAACAUGCAUUUUAGUCUGGAAUUACACCUAAGCUUUGUCUAUGAAACCGAGGGUAUAACUUUCAAAUACAACAAUUGCUAUUAUUUCACUAUCACCUGGCAGACACAAUGAAGUGGGCAUCUUUAAGGUUUGUUCACACUGGUACUAACAUUGAAGGAAGGAUCUGGAACCAGAAUGUCGCUUUUUACUUGGGCUAGUAAAACACCAAGAAACCAAACAGGUGCAGGAGGUCAGCAGAAAAAAAAAUUAAAGGGGGGCUUGACCAAAAAAGUUUGAGAACCACUGCUUUUACAACUGGAUAGCAACACCCUAUAGCAUUAAAUCAGCAAAUUUUGCAUGGGCAAGCACCACUCACAGUUUCUUAUAACCCAUCUAGUUCUAUUUAUUUUCUUGAACUGAAGUUGACUGUAGAGGACUGAGCGCGUAAGAGACAACAAUUGCAUUGUCUAUCCCUUAGCAUUGUGGCUAAACAUAGUACAAAGCCUCUUAAGUUACGAACGCAUAAGUUCCUUUCCGUGAGAGCAGUAUCCACGAAUUAGCAUACAAAGACACUUACUUAAGAGAAAAUCCUUACUGAGGUUUUUAAUUCUGACUGAGCAAUUACAUGAGUGGCACAAGGAGGACUCGGACUUGAGGCGCUGAAGCCUCAUUCUUGCUUGCCACUGUGCUGCCUACAUUUCAGUCCUUUUUCAUUGUUACCCGCAGUGUCACGUAGUUAACCCCUCACCUCGCCACAGCCAUGUGUGACAUGGGUGGACUGGACAAUCUGGUGGCCAACACGACCUACCUGAAAGCACAGAAUCUAGACGACAAGGAGAUGAGGAAACGCAGGCGUAGCCUAAUUCUUCCCCAACUUGAAAACUGUACAAAGGUGCGUGCAGCCAUUCCCAAGGACUUUGAGCACAUCUGUGAGCAGCAGCCCAUUGGGAAAACAUGCUUCCGUCAGUUCCUCUUAGCCUCCAAUCCAGAAUACCUUGCUGCUGCAGAGUUCCUGGAGGAGUUGAAUGACUGGAAUUUGGCAGAGGCAGGUGCUAAAGAAAAAGCCAAGCAGAAUAUCAUUAACAAAUUCUGCAAAGCUGACUCCAAAAGUUUCCUGGCUUAUCUGACAGAGGACAUGGCGGAGAAGUGUAAAGCCGUCUCUGAGAAGGACUUUGAGGAGGUGAUGAUGGGACAGGUGAAAGAAGCCACACAAGAGUUUCUGAGAGGAAAACCCUUCAAUGAGUAUCAGACCAGCCCGUUCUUUGAUAGAUUUGUGCAGUGGAAGGAAUUCGAGAAGCAGCCCAUCUCUGAUAAAUACUUCUAUGAGUUCAGGACUUUGGGGAAAGGAGGAUUUGGAGAGGUGUGUGCUGUUCAGGUCAAAAGCACGGGUCAGAUGUAUGCCUGCAAGAAGCUGGACAAGAAACGCUUGAAGAAAAAGGGUGGGGAAAAGAUGGCUCUACUGGAGAAAAAAAUCUUGGAGAAGGUAAACAGCCUUUUUCUGGUGAACCUGGCCUAUGCAUUUGACACAAAGACCCACCUGUGUCUGGUCAUGACUCUGAUGAAUGGAGGGGAUCUGAAGUACCACAUUUACCACAUUGGGGAGCAUGGCAUUGAGAUGGAGCGAAUCAUUCACUACACAGUUCAGAUCACCACUGGAAUCUUGCACCUACAUGCUAUGGAUAUCGCGUACCGUGACAUGAAGCCAGAGAACGUCCUACUGGACAGUCAGGGCCAGUGCAGGUUGUCAGACCUGGGUCUAGCUGUGGAACUACCGAAUGGGAAAACUAUCUCACAAAAGGCUGGCACUAAGGGGUAUAUGGCACCAGAGAUCCUGAAGCAGGAACCAUACCGUAUGUCAGUGGACUGGUGGGCUUUGGGCUGUAGCAUCUAUGAGAUGGUGGCCGGCCGUCUGCCCUUUAGAGAUCACAAAGAGAAGGUGACUAAAGAAGAGAUAGUAAGGAGAACUCUAGAAGAUGAGUGCAAAUUUGAACACAAGAAUUUUGACGCCCCCUCCAAGGACAUCAUCAGUCUUUUUCUGAAAAAGAAUGUUGAAGACCGCCUCGGCUGCAAGGGUGACCCUCGGAAACAUGAGUUCUUCAAAUCCAUCAACAUCCCUCGGCUGGAGGCGGGGCUUAUUCCACCUCCAUGGGUGCCCAAACCCAACGUUGUGUACGCUAAAGACACAGGUGAUAUCCGGGACUUCUCUGAGGUUAAAGGGGUUGAAUUUGAUACCAAUGAUGAGAAGUUUUUUAAGGAAUUCAGUACAGGAGCAGUGUCGAUUCCAUGGCAACAGGAGAUGAUUGACAGUGGACUCUUUGAUGAGCUUAACGACCCAAACAGGAAGAAAUUGUCAGCGGGACUGGAUGAUGAUGAGCAAAAAUCCAAAUCUUGCACUCUUCUGUAACAAAAUAAGAAUAUAUUGCAAAAAAGACAAAUAUACUUUUUUUUUAAUAACAAUACAUAUUAGCUAUUAUUACUAUUUUAUAGUGUUAUUUUCUUUUAAUACCAAGUGCUUUUAUUGAGCAUUUGUAUGAAAGAUUAUGAAUUUUGUGUUCUGAUGGUUGGUGGAUUGGCAAAGUCAUGUGCGAUUGCUGUGCUGUUAAUAGACAUGUUAAUAUUUUUUUUUCUGAAAUUAAUGUAUUUUUUUUAUUAUUAUUAUUUGUUAUAUUUAUAAUAUAGUUUAUAAUAAGUUAAAAUGUAAAGAUAUUUUUGGAGGUGGUCUCAAAUGUUUUGACCUAAAUAUAUAUUUUUACAGACAUAGGUCUCAGUUACUGAUGCUUUACUGAUGCAUGAACUUCAUCAAGUUUGCGUACAUCUUAAAGGAUUAGUUCACUUUCAAACUAAAAUUUCUUUAUAAU